AUGAAGGUGCUGAAACAAAUCUUCUGUAUGUCCGUUAUAUCUGUUUUGGGCCAAGUGCACUGCGCAGUGGUAACUCCACAAUGCCCGAGCAGUGGAUACGAGAUAUCCAUACUGGGUUGGAUGUUACAAGGACACAUUUACAAAACGAUGGAGGCAAACUCCCCGCUAGGUUGCUUAUUCGCUUGUAGAGAAGACGAUCGAUGCCAAAGUUUCAAUUGGGUGAUCUCUCGUCACUUGUGCGAGUUUAAUAACAGAACAAAGGAAGCCAGACCUAAGGAUUUCGUUUCAAACACAGACAGAUUUUACUUUAGACGAUACAAAAACAGAGGUAAAAAGGUGUUUUAGACAAUACUACCUAAGAAACAGAGAAGACCUUAUUGAAACAUUUGAAAACAAUCAAAGACCUGUUCAGGUUUUGGGGGUGUCGUAAAUUCACUUCAAGUAAUACGUUUCAGUAUUUAGGCCACUAGGACUUAAAGAUUGAUAAAGAUUUCAGCGUCAUUGCAACAAAUCAAAUUCCCCACUUUAGAAAUGAGGUGGAAACUGGGCCUUUAACUUUCGCAAGGAAGUAUGGGACUGCUCUGUGGACAGGGAUCCCAGAAGUCUUUGCGAAAGGUAACUCGGCUUAGUUUCCUACCGUUUCUAAAGGGGCAAAUGCAAAACAGAGUUCAAUAGAGAGGACAGGUCAUUACGUUACGUUGCCUGGUAGCAACAUUUCUGGACGACAACAAACCAAAAUGUCACUUAAAAAGUAGAUUAGCACUGUUUCAAACUUUAUCGAUCUUAUUUAAUUUCAUUUAAUUUGUCAAAUGUUGACGACAUUUUGGGGUUGAAUCCGAAAGGACCGUAUCUAAGUUUAGAAAAAGGAAAAAAAACAUUCUGUUGUGCUCACCUACUCCAUAAAGUAGGCGAGUGAAAUUAGGAAGUUUCAUGUCGCAGUCGUUAAACAACGGUCAAGAAAUGUACAAAAAAGCGUGAUGGACGUGCAAAGUCGUUUUUUAUGGCGACUCUUCCAAAACCGAAUUCACGAAAACGAUCGAGAGCUCCACAUGAUGGCGCACUGGUUUGCUGAAGAGAUGACCCAAGCAAGAAUCUCAAAAUAACUAAUUAAUAUUUCUCCAGGAAAGAUGGGGACAAAAAAUCCACCACAAAUUAGCAAACACUUACGACAAAUUGAAGAAGAUAAAACCAUAAAAAUAUGAAGACAGUGGCAGGUCGGAGUCCGGGGAGGUGGUGGGAAAAAUUUUCAACUAAUGGCAAUAGCUGGAAGGGCCGCGCUAAACAUAUAACAAGUCUUUUAUACAGAACUAAACACGUUCGAUCUCCUGAUUGGCCAGGGAACCACCGCCUGCACACUGCUGAUAAGAAACGGGAAAUGCCUCGAACUAAAAUCACAGUAUGAUUCCAUCUUCUCAUCAUAAUGAUUGUUUUUGCUAAUAUAAACCUACUGCUUUUUUGCUGUUCGCCGUCGCCGUUGCAAAAACUCCCUCUUGUUGUGAUCUAGAAAUUUUGCUACCACUGUAACAUGACGUCACACUUCUCCUCUCUAAAUCUGUUCUGUCUCUCCAGUCCCUCUCGGUUCAAUUCCUGAACUGCCGGCUGAAUCUUGCAAGGAAGUAAUGGCAAGCGAGGAACAAGCGGUUAGCGGCAAGUACUGGUUAUACACCAUAAAAGACAACAUUCCUGUUCCAGCUCACUGUGAAAUGGAAACUUUCGGUAAGUUCUAAACUACACUGAAAAUACCCCUAGAAACACACUGCAGGCUUCUUAUUCCUAACCGUGGACAUUUAAUAGGCAGACUAACCUUUUCUUCUUUUCGUAUCACCGGCAGUCACCUCUAUUUCAAUUGCCAGAGCACCCUAUAGAAACCCAAUGAUUUGGUCAUUUUUACGUUUGUCCUCGGGUUUGCACGUGUGUAGUUCUGAUCAGUAUUACGGCUACUUUAAGCAUGCAAGUUUAUCCUGCAUUGAUCAAAUACCUAGCGUUUACAAAACUUUUGUUUUUGCACGUCCACACUAAAACAGUAAGAAGGCGUUCAAAAGUCUUUUUAUUAUUAUUUUAGAAAGCGUUUUUAAAAAAAUUCCAUCGUGCAAGUUUGCGUUUUCAAAAAUAAACCGAUUAGGUAGGGAAAAGAGGUCUUCCGUUUCUCGUCCCACUAAAAGACUAAUUGCUGGGCGCCCACAGGCAGGUUUUGUAACGCCUCUAGAGGGGCAUAGCCUUGGAAUAUGUCCAUACUUGAGACCACGGCUAAUAAUAAUAAUAAUUUAAUGACGAUUUACAUUCAUUGAUCAACAGCGCUUAACAACUUUAAAAAAAAACUACAAUAAAAUUCAAAUUUGUAAAACUAAUUACAUGCAUGUACAUGAAUAUUAACAAUGUAUAUUAAUAAUAAUAAUAAUAAUAAUAAUAAUAUAGAAUAUUUAUAAUGAUAAUAAUAAACUUAAUUAGUAAAACUAAUAAGUGAAUGUCAACAGGUUGCGUUGUAAAACCUGCAUGAAAUAAAUAAGUUUCCAGCUUGCAUUUAAAAAUAGCUAAUGAUUGAAUAUCACGUAAUUCAGCUGGCAAACUUUCCAUAAAUAUGGGGCAGCAGCAGAGAAAGAUCUGUCACCUAACGUGACAAGCAUUUUUCCUUUAGGAGGGUAUAGCAAUAAACUUUGAUUUGAUCUAAGAUUAUAUAUAGACCUAGGCUUAAUGUUAAUUAGUUCUAUGAUAUACUUAGGUGCCAAUCCAUGAAUAGCUUUAAAUGUUAAAAUUAAGAUCUUAAAAUGAACACGAUGUGAUCUACUCAUCGAACUCAGCAAAGAACAUCGGUGCGUGGUUCGACACUGUCAUGUCUAUGGACAAACAAGUAAACAGCAUACGUCAGUCUGCUUCCUACCACCUGCGCAACAUUGCUCAAAUCAGUAAACAUAUCUCUUUCCGUCAUCGUGAAACUUUGAUCCACGCAUUCGUAACAUCCAAGAUUGACCACUGUAAUAUACUACUCUCAGGCCGGUCUUAGGCAGGAUCAAGUCCGAAAACUCCAGUAUGUCCAGAAUUCAGCAGCCCGACUUAACAGGCUCACGUAAACACGAGCAUAUUACACCUGUACUAUGGUUACCCGUUCAUGAGUGUAUUCGUUUUAAAAUUUUACUAAUGACUUUUAAAUGUCUUAAUCAACUAGCGCCAUCCUAUCUCAGUGAUCUCUUAAUUCACCAUAGACCAUCAAGGACAUUACGUUCGUCUGAUAAAGAACUACUGGUACAGCCCCGCUGCCAUCUUAAAACUUAUGGGGAGCGAGCUUUCUCCUUUAUUGCCCCAAAACUGUUAAGACGUACCUUUUUAGAAUUUACUCAGAACUGUGAGAAUCAUUAAGUAUUACGUUUUUUCAGGCUUUUCUAUGUUAUUUAGUUUUCUUUAUCAUUCACUGUUGUAAAGCGCUGUUGGUUUAGUAGAGAAACAACGUUAUAUAAGAUUAUUAUUAUUUAUUACUAUUAAACGAACUUUAACAACCAGUUGCAAAAGUGCUGAGCUACUCUGACGAAAAACCGGCCUUCUUAAUUCAAAUCGCUGCUUGUCACUGACUCGUCCAGUGAGAUAUAAUACUCACCUCCCCCUUCCCCUCCAUUUAAAGUUGUUCUUCCAAAUGUUGAAUAUGGUCAUGUACUGCUAGCAACUUCGGUAAGGGAAGGAGCUGGGAUCACAAGCGCAAGAUCAUGGCCAGGCCAUUUAGGCAAAAAUAAGGUAUGGUAUAGUGUCUCAAACAUCUUUGAAAUUCGUUGUAGCUUUUUUAAAAGAGCUAUUAUACAAUAAAUCCUUCGUCGGUCAGUUACCUUUUAAACACGGCCGGUUGCACGAAAAUCAGUGACCUUUCGAUGCGUGCUCGCAGACUUCAAUAACCCGUUCAUCAAAGUAGUACUAACAGUACUGUUUCCAUUACAGUUAUGGAUGGAAGUGAGGCUGGAGGUGACCUUGUUUUGAUACAAACCUUCCUUCUUUCCUAUGUAAAUCAAGUUGUUCUUAUGCAAACUAGUAUUUUUCAAGGACAAUUUCUAUAACAAAGCAAAGGAGGUUUGUAUUAAAACAAGAUCAACCUCAACCUCACAUUUACUCGAAGGCUAGGGUACUAAGGGCCUGUUUACGUGGAGGUGGAAGACCCCAGAUAAGCGAGGUAACAUGUGGCGGGUCACCCCACCUAUCAUGUAAACAUGAUCAAAUAGGCCAUUUCCGAGUUCCCCCGGGACUCUGUUUCAAAACGAGGGUAGGUGCUCAACCUUUGACAUGGAAAUCAUUUUCAUUCUCAUGCAAAUAAAACUUAUUUUCACAAGAAAGGUUGUGCACCUAGCCUCAUUUUGAAAGCGAGCCUUUUUGAACUCGGAAGUGGCCUAUUAAAAUAAGAGAUUAUAUCGAAAGUUGAUUACCCUACCUAAGUGGGUUACCUCAACCUAACUGGGGUCCCCUACGUCCAUGUAAACAGGCCAUAAGUCCACAACUGUAAAAUAGUCUCUUGUUUGUAUAGAGCUUGUUAUACUCAUUUGAUCUCUUAAAAUUUGAGAACAAUAUACGUUUAAAAUAUUUUGACGCCGUUUUGGAACUUCAUAUAAUAAAACAACCUGUCUACUCUUUAAGCAUGUAUUUUUCGUGCGAUGAUCAGAUCCGAGAAACUCGCGAAGUUACGAAAAGCUUUAAAGUUUGAGUCUCAAAGAGACAUCUCAGUACGAAAGAAUAAAUGUUGUCAAAACAUAAGCCCCUUUCAAUGGUAUCUGCAGUUAUAUGGAAACACCACCUAAUUUUUCUAAAGAGGUCGGAAGAAAAUGGUUUUCGACCUCGUAUGGAAUCAUAAACCUGUGAAAAUUAAAAAGACCACUCUGAUAACAUUUUUUAUUUUAAGACCAAUUAAUUAAAAAUCGGUUAAUAUUACUUUAAAUUAUCACAACGUUUUGAUAAUAACAUUGUCAAAUGAACCUGUAGAACUUGUUUGUGCAACGAAGACGACGAAGUUUGGUUGUAAAAUACUUUAAGGGGUUCUAAAAAUAUAUGUAUGAAGAAAUAACUUAUACAACUGUGAUAAAACUAAGAAAAAGAUGAGCCAUAGGCUAAGGGAAUUUUAUAGUUUUCAAGCUUAAGCUUGUUUUAUCAUCUUUACUGUUAUUUCACUUGUUUUUAAGAAAAGAUAAUAAUCCAACUAAUCUAAAGCAUUUGUUCAUAAAUAUCUGUGUUUCAGAAUGCCUCCACUACCAAAGUUUGACCAACGGUAACAGGAAAGUGUCCCACGGUUCAUCUCCAGCUCUUUGUGAUAAGUCACUCCCACAUGGAUGGUAUCGUUUCCAAGGUAACGCGGGGACAAAAAUGCCUACGUCAUGCGUUGCUCCUCACAAAUGUAGUACCCAUGCCACUGGCUGGCUUAACAGUGCUCAUCCGUCAGUAGAAGAAGGCAAAGUCACCAAAAAGGUGUGCUUCAGCUGGGGCUCAAACUGCUGCAGGUGGUCGAUCAAUAUUGAAGUAAUCAACUGCGGAGUUUUCUUCCUGUAUCACUUCAGAGGAACGCCCCCACAACAUCCAUGUAAUCUUCGUUAUUGUGGUACUGACUGA